AUGUUAAGAUGUACAUUAACUCAGAACAUUUUUGAGUCUUACCCCGAUAAAAAUUAUGAAAAAGAAAUAUUUAUAGUAAAAGAACAGUUGCUAUAUUUAAAUAAAAGUUCCAAAGACAUUGAGGAAAUAGAAGAAUACAUGAAAAAUAAUGGAAUAAACUUUUUAGAAAUGUACAAUGAGUUAAGAAGGCUUAAUCCCAAAUUUCGAAAUGUUUCAAGUUUAACUUUGGAAGUUUGUUAUGAUUCAAUUGUGGCUGUUGAUGAAUUUAGUAUGCAACUGACAAUAUUUCCUUUUAUUUUAGACAAGUUAGAAAUAUCAGACCAAAUAUACAGAGAUGAAGUAAAGUAUAUGCUAGAAAAAUCUUUUACCUACUUUGGAUUUUUCGUUUCAGUAGUAAACGAACAUAGUAAUAAAGCAGUAGACAUAUAUAAAAAAGAGAUUAAUGUUUUUUUAAAAAUAAAAGAAAAGUUUAAUAUUAACUCUUUGAAUGAAAAAAAUCUACUAUCUUUGUAUGAUGAGAUAUAUUUAAAAAAUAAAUAUGGAGAAAAACUUAUACAAAAUUUAUUUGUUUUAUUUAGAAAAGUGGUUUUUUUAGAAUCGUCUAAUGAUACAUAUUAUUUUAAUUAUAUUGAUAUAGUACCUAUAUAUAUAAAAACAAUAAAUGGAUUAUAUAAAUCUAGAAAAUAUAACAUGGAAAAAAAUUACUAUACCACUAUAGAGAAUAAGUAUAAAAAUAGUCUUAAAAUUAAUGAAGGAAUAAUAAUGAUCAAAAUUGUUAAACAAUAUACAAUUGGUGAAUAUACAAAUAAUCCUACAUAUUUUGAUUCAGAUAUAAUAUAUAAAACUAUUAUGGAAGAAAUACAUAAACCUAUAAUAGGUGAUAUAGAUACACAAUUUCACCUACUUUACUCAGAAAAUGUUGAUGAAACAAAAGAAAAAAGAUUCAUAAAUGAUGAUGUAACAUUAAGUCUUAUUAUAUUGACAGACAUUAACAUAAAUGUGAAAAAACUUUUAGAUAAUAUGAAUAAUAUGGUCUUAUCCGAAGAUAUGUUUUCAAUUAAUAAAGAACAAGAUAAAGAAAGAAUAAAGGUCAUGGGUUCUUGUAUAUAUACAAAUGAAUUACAGCCACCUAUUUUUACUGGCUUUUUUUCUAGGGGACUUAGUACAUAUAUCCUUAAUAAAGUCAUAUCCCUUCUCAAGCCAAACAAACAAUUAAUCUAUUUAUCUAUUGAAAAAACAGAAGAUGCAUCUAAAAUGAAAUCAGAUGUAAUUGCUGAAAGAAUCUUUAGUAGUCAUUGGGAACACUAUGAAACUGUUUUACUGUUCGAACGUGAUGCCAUAAUAAAAUACGAUGAAUUCAAACACAACUACAGAUGUGAUGUAUGCCUGACCGGAUAUAAUGGAUUAUAUACAUUAUACUUUUGCAUACUACUUCCAAUUGUGUUAAGUCUAAUUAUUUGCUAUUAUAUAUAUAAAAGAAAAAAAUGGAUGAUAAAAAAUAAAAUUGAUGUAAAUUCUGUUAGUAUGCAAAAUAAGAGAGUACUAAUAGAACCAAAUAUUAUUCCAUUAAAAUUGUAG